AUGACCUCACUCAACAAGCAAGUAAACCUAUCAACGACCAUGCUCACCUUCACUUUACCACUCUUUUCUUUCCUCGUCCUCUUCUCCACCACCGCCGCCCAACCAUACAAACCCACCGACUACUUCCUCCUUAACUGUGGUGGUGCAACCGCAACAUCCGAACGGAAAUGGGACACCGAUGAACUUUCCAAAUUUGUCCCCUCCUCCACCACCACCACCUCCUUCACCUCCACCCCGAACAACCGCGACCCUUCCGUCCCGGAAAUCCCAUACUCCACCGCCCGAAUCUUCAACACUUCAUCAUUUACCUACACUUUUCCGGUGACUGACGGACCUAAAUACGUCCGCCUCUAUUUCUACCCCGCCACCUACUCCAACCACAAUGCAAACCAAUCUUUCUUUUCGGUAUCAUCCAACGGUUACUCUCUCUUAUCUAACUUCAGCGCUUUCCUCACCGCAUCCUAUGUAGGAACUAGCCUCGGUGGCAGUCCCCCAGUUCCCCACUUUAUCAAAGAAUUCAUUAUCUAUGUAAACGAUACUCAAUCCUUAAAUGUCACUUUUACCCCCUCUCCCAACUCCUACGCCUUCAUUAACGGUAUCGAAAUCGUUUCAUUGCCAGAAAACUUAUAUCAUAAAUCAAAGAGUUUGAAAUACAUCGGUCAACAUUCUGGACUCGUGAUCGCAGAGAACACGGGUCUCGAGAACAUCUACCGGUUAAACGUUGGUGGGGGACAGAUUGCUCCAACCGCUGAUACUGGAAUGUAUCGAUCAUGGGAUCAAGAUGAUCGAUAUGUGUUCCCGGUAUCAGCUAUCGGGUUAACGCCAGUUAACCAGACUCCGAUCGUCUACACUGCCGACACACCGAGUUACACAGCACCUGAGUUGGUUUACGCUACACAAAGGAGCAUGGGAAAUUUGUCUCGACAUUACAAUCUGACGUGGCUACUUCCGGUGGAUUCCGGGUUUUAUUACAAGCUUAGGCUCCAUUUUUGUAAUAUUAUACCGCAAUAUACGAAACAGGGUGAGGUGGUAUUUACGAUUUUUAUUAAUAAUCAAACGGCUGAAGAUCAAGCUGAUGUGUUUUACUGGAGUGGAGGUACUGGGCUUCCUGUGUUUAAGGAUUAUGUCGUAUUUGUGUAUGAUUUUGAUGGUAGUGGAAGAAAACAAGACUUAUGGCUCGCGAUGGGUCCUAACAGUAAAGCUGCGGACGUAUACGGUGAUGCUUUUUUGAACGGUUUAGAAGUUUUCAAGAUUAGUAUGGCGGGUAAUCUUGCUGGCCCAAACCCGGAGCUCAGCCCUACACCACCACCACCACCGCCACCUUCCAUAAAAGAGAACAAGAAAACUCUGCCAUAUGCCGCCAUCUUUGGCGGCACUGGUAGUGCGUUACUCUUGUUCUCUGCUUUAGGUUUUAUAGUUUUCCGGCAAAGACGGGUGAAACACAGUGGUGCGACCAAUGAGAAGCCAUAUUCCAGUGAACAAAAGUCUAAAGAUUCCGGCCUUCCAUCCGAUAGGUGUCGCCGGUUUACAAUCAAGGAAGUGAAAGAUGCGACUGGAGAAUUUGAUGAAAAUUGUAUUAUUGGGAAAGGAGGCUUUGUGUUGUGUGCUAGACCGGUGAUCAUAAACAGGGGUUUGCCGGAUGAUGAGGUGAAUUUGGCGGAAUGGGGUAGGGUAAACUAUCAAAAGGGGACGUUGAAUGAGAUAGUUGAUAAGAGAAUAAGUGAUGAGAUUGCUCCUAAUUGUUUGUUGAAGUUUGGUGAGGUGGCAAAUAGAUGUAUAAGAAUCAAAGGAAGUAAACGUCCAAAAAUGGAUGAAGUUGUGUGGGGGUUAGAGUUUGCGUUGCAAUUACAAGAAUCUGCGGAGAAGACAGGUGGCGUUGCAGGUGAGUUGACAGGCGGCGUGUGGGGGAGUGCUCAAGAAUUUUUGUAUCCCAUGCAAGGAGAGACGUCUAUAACUGAGGCGUCAACCGGAGCAGCCAUACGACACGAUAUGUCAUCGACUGACAGCAGUCGUGGCGGGUUUGAGUCGGACACGUGUUUCACGCAGACGAGUGAUGUUUCAAAAGAGACUUCUACUGAAGGUAGAUGA